UGUGAUUUGAGAAGCGUGCGGGGCAGCUCGGGGUGGCUGGGGGUCACGUGCAGCGGUCAUCAUGUUGCAGGUGGUCCAGAUGUGUUUCCGCCGCCAGCUGUGCCGGAGCGUCGCCUCUGCCGCGGCCGGCGGCGCGGCGCCGACCCGCCGCUCCCGCGUGGCGGCGGCUCGCGGCUUGACCCGCGGAGGAGCCAGGAGCUGCACCGUGGACCCGAACCUGGAGGAGCAGUUCGUGUUCCUGGACUGUGUUGAUCUGGAGGAGCCCAACCGGGAGGAGAAAGACCUGGUCAAUCACCUGAAGGCCGCCUGUGUUCCUGAUCCUGGUCCUGAUCCUGGUCUUGGUCUUGGUAUUGGUUUUGGUCUGGCCCCCCCUCAGAAUCAUCCGAGGUCUUUGGAGCGUCAGUUGCAGGCGUUGAAGGUCGAAAAUGUGCAGGAGGAGAAGCUGGACUCUCUGAUCCAGUUCCAUGAUGCGGACUUCCCGCUGGAUGAGAGCCUGGUGGCCUCAAAGAAGAAGAAAAAGAAGAAGAAGGGGAAAGGUGAGCACCGGGUCUUUGGCACUCCGGAUGUGGACGAGCCGGUCAGCGACACGUGCUGCUCCGGCUGCGGCGCCAUGUUGCACUGCACCUCCGUCAGCGUUCCCGGGUACCUGCCCAGCGAGAAGUACAAGAAGCUGCUUGCGGAGGACGGUCUGGGCGCCGCCACCUGCCAGCGCUGCCACCUGCUGACCCACCACCACCAGGCGCUGAGCCUGCAGGUGACCCGGGACCAGUACCGGGACGUGGUGCGGCGCAUCCGGCCGCUCCGCGCUCUGGUGCUGCUCGUGGUGGACCUGGUGGACCUGCCGGACUCCAUCGUCCCCGACCUCCCCGAGCUAGUGGGCGCCAACAAACACAUCGUUGUCCUCGGCAACAAGGUGGACAUGCUGCCCGCCGACGCCCCCAACUACCUGCAGCGCGUCAAGCGGCAGCUCACUCAGUACUGUCAGGACGCCGGCUUCGGCGAACAGGUGACCGACGUCCACCUGAUCAGCGCCAAGACCGGCUACGGAGUGGAGAACCUGAUCUCCAGGCUGCAGCGGUCCUGGAAGUACAGCGGAGACGUGUACCUGGUGGGCAGCGCCAACGCCGGGAAGUCCACGCUCUUCAACACGCUGCUGGAGUCCGACUACUGCAAGUCCCGAGCCUCCGACGUCAUCCACAAGGCCACCAUCAGCCCGUGGCCCGGGACCACUCUGAACCUGCUGAAGUUCCCCAUCAUCAACCCCACGCCGCACAGGAUGUUCCGGCGCCAGGAGCGGCUGCAGGCGGAGAGCGAGCCGUCGCAGGAGGAGCGGCGCCGACUGAAGCGCUUCAGUCAGCAGGGCUACCUCGUGGGUCGAGUGGGCAGAACGUUCCGGCCGAGCGUACGCAGAAGCAGUGAGAUCGAGUUCGAUCCAGACAGCUUGGCGUUUGGAGAAGACGACGAUGGAGACAUGAUUAAACCGACAGACAACAGCUGCAAGGAGGAGCUCAGCCAUAAUGAACUCAAAGACGCUCGCUGGCUGUACGACACCCCGGGAAUCCUGAAGGAGCUCGAUGUGUUGAAUGUGCUGAGCGAUCAGGAGGUCCGGCUGGUGGUCCCGUCUGUGGCUCUCAUCCCUCGGACGUUUGUGCUGAAGCCCAACAUGAGCCUGUUUGUCGGAGCCCUGUUCAGGAUCGACUUCCUCCAGGGAAACGCAUCCUGCUGGUUUUCAGUUCUGACCUCUUCCCGGAUCCCCAUCCACGUCACAAGUGUGGAAAAAGCUGACGAGGUCUACGAGAAACACGCCGGGAACACGCUGCUGGGGGUUCCACUGGGAGGCCGGGAUCGGAUGAAGGAAUUUCCUGCGCUGGUUCCUCAGGAGUUCAGGCUGGAGGGCCGAGGUUACCUGGAGGCAGCUGCUGAUAUCACGCUGUCGUCUGCAGGCUGGGUGGCGGUGACGGCGGUGGAGGGCGAUCAGCUCCUCCUGAAGGUUCACGGCCCGCUGGCGGCAGGUUCACGGCUGAGGACGCCGCCGCUGCUUCCCCGCAUCGUGUCUCUGAAAGGAGAGCGGAUCCGAAAGACGCCCGCGUACAAACAACUCAAAUGGCAACCGGACAAGCGACUGCUGGGUGGUGGGACAGCCACCAGCAAGAAGAAAUGAACUGAUCCGUUUCCCAGUGCAGUGUCUCUCACUUUGCAGUUUGGGCGGAGUCGUUUGUGGACCAUCAGCUGGACCGACGUCACUACGGAGCAACCAGUUUCCAUGGAGAUGAGACUUUCAAGAUCACCAGGAUCAAUUAUUAUGGAUUGUUUUUCUAUCAAGUAUUCUGUUUCCCAGAUCAGUUUAUGGUUCAUGUUACUUUAUCCCUCAUUAUUUGUUUUGUUUUAUAUGGAGUUAAAUCAUUUGUGUGAGUGUGUGUGAAUGCCUCAAACACCAGCUGAACGACACACAUGGUUACACACUGACGGGUUUUAUUUAAAAAAGAGCAGAAUAAAGUGAAGCAGAUUAAAGCUGGUGUUAGUACAAUACAGUACCCCUCCACACACACAUACACACACACACACAAAACAGUUCAGACAAACAGUCAUUUGAUCUAGGCCUCAUCAACUGUUCAUUACAUCACCGUUAAACUGAUCCAUCAACAACCGAUGCACAGAGCUCUGACCUGCCCAUAGCAUGAAACUCAGACUUGAUAAUGUCCUACAAGAAGAUUAA